AUAUUUUGUUAAGAAUUUACAAAAAGUCUAAAAUAAAUUAGGCAGUAGCAUUUUACAAUAGACUAGAGAGUAUUAGACUCUUAACAACUAUAACAAACUGCCAAAGUUUUGUUCUCAUGUGCAGGACAACAACGUAACGUGUGGUCUUGAAGUAACCAAACUGUAAAUUCAGAACUGCCCAGUGCCCACAUCAUUAUUUUUUAUGUACAUAUAUACGACAGAGAGGUACGUACCCAACUCAAAAAACAAAAUAGGUUAGAGGAGAGAACAUGGAAAGUGUUGUUGUUGGAACAAUGAACCAUGAAUACAAAGCAACUUCCACCAUCACAAUUAAGGGUAUUCUAAGUCUUCUAGUGGAAAGUGUCGGUGAAAAUAAAGAUGAAAGCAAGAGUGUUAUUUCUCUUGGAAUGGGUGACCCAACUCUCUCCACUUUCUUCCCUAACACUAAGGUUGCUGAAGAAGCUGUUGCUGAUGCACUUCAUUCUGGCAACUUUCAUGGCUAUGCCCCCACUGCUGGUCUUCUUCAGGCCAGAAAUGCAAUUGCCAAAUAUCUGUCUAAUGAACUCCCUUACGAGCUAUCAUCGGAUGAUGUUUUUAUAACCUGUGGAUGCACACAAGCCAUUGAUGUUUCAGUUGCAUUGCUAGCUCGUCCUGGCGCAAAUAUCUUGCUUCCAAGACCCGGCUUCCCAAUAUAUGAACUUUGUGCUGCAUUUAGACAAGUUGAAGUGAGGCAUUAUGAUCUGUUGCCAGAAAAGGGUUGGGAGGUUGAUUUAGAUGCUAUUGAAGCCCUCGCAGAUCAGAACACAGUCGCAUUAGUGAUUAUAAACCCUGGGAAUCCUUGUGGAAAUGUAUACACUUACCAUCAUUUGGAGAAGAUUGCAAAAACAGCAAAAAGGCUUGGAACAAUUGUGAUUGCUGAUGAAGUUUACGGUCACCUUGCAUUUGGGGAUAAUCCUUUUGUGCCUAUGGGAGUUUUUGGGUCUAUUGUUCCUGUUCUAACUCUUGGAUCCUUGUCUAAGAGAUGGAUAGUACCUGGAUGGAGGUUGGGUUGGUUUGUGACAAAUGACCCAUCUGGUACUUUUAGAAAACCAAAGGUAGUUGAGCGCAUCAAAAAGUAUUUUGAUCUAUUAGGUGGCCCGGCUACCUUCAUUCAGGCGGCUGUACCUCGCAUAAUUACACAGACAGAAGAAGUUUUCUUCAGAAAAACGAUCGACAAUUUGAGGCAUACCGCAGAUAUAUGUUGCCAAGAGAUUGAAGACAUUCCAUGCAUUUCUUCCCCUUGCAAACCACAAGGAUCCAUGGCUAUGAUGGUGGAACUAAAUCUUUCGCUUCUGGAAGAUAUUAGCGAUGAUAUUGAUUUCUGUUUCAAACUUGCAAAGGAGGAAUCUGUUAUCAUUCUUCCAGGAACUGCAGUAGGGCUAAAGGAUUGGAUUCGUAUCACUUUUGCUGCUGAUCCAUCUGCUCUCAGAGAGGGUAUGCAAAGGAUAAAAUCUUUCUAUCAAAGACACGCGACAAAACAAUAAAGAAAACAAUGGCGAAUAAACAAAUAUGCAUUUUCUAGCACUUGGACUCUGUCUCCUGCUAAAGAUGGUUUCAUUCUUUUUUACCACACUCACAGCAAAGGAAGAUUAGCUUGUAUUAAUGUAAUUUUUUUCAAUACUGCAUACAGUCUAAAUAAAAAUAAACAUUGCAAUAUCAGAAAUAAAUAAAUCCUCUUCAUAGUGAA